AUGAAUAGAAGUGUAGACUCUUUCGAAGUGCACUUUGAAGAAGAUUUAGAUAGUGCUUUAGAUAAUAUAACAUUCAACAAUAGAAGUACUACGAACCUUGAAAGUAAUCCUGAUUUAAAUCAAAACGUUUCAUCUUUAAAUCAACCUUUUGAUAUGAAAGACAAUUCUUCAAUAUCGGAUAAAAAUAACUAUAUUAAUAAUAAUAAUGGUAAAGAAAGUUUUGAAAUGAAAACUUUUAUAAAUUCAAACUCAAUAAAUCGUAAGUCAUUCUCUCAAGAUACCCAUCCCCUUUUAUCAAACGAUGAAAAUUUAGAUCCUCAUAACAAUAACAGUGAUAAUAAUAGUAAUAAUCGAAGGACAAUUUUUACUAAUAUUUCUCUUAUUUUCAAUAAAUUUCGUUUAAAUCUUUCAAAUCUAGCUCCAUUCAACUAUAAGAACGAAAAAAUAACUUCUACUCAAGAUAGGGAAAUUCAUCCAAAUAAAACAUCAAGCGAUGAUUCAAAUUUAUAUUCUUCAAACCAAAUAUCCAAUGCAAAAUAUAACGCUUUUACUUUUAUACCGACAUUACUAUAUGAACAAUUUAAAUUUUUUUAUAAUCUUUAUUUUCUCAUUGUUGCCUUGUCACAAGCAAUCCCUGUUUUAAGAAUUGGAUAUUUAUCAUCUUACGUUGCACCUUUAUGUUUUGUAUUAACAGUUACUAUGUCGAAAGAAGCACUGGACGAUAUACAAAGACGACGUAGGGAUAAGGAAUCUAAUGGAGAAUUAUAUGAAGUUUUACAGGAAAGACAAUUGGUUCCAAGUAAAGAUCUAAAAGUAGGAGAUUUACUUAGAAUAAAUAAAGGUAAUAGAGUACCUGCAGAUAUGGUUCUGUUGAAAUCAAGUGAAUCUUCUGGUGAAUCAUUUAUAAAGACAGAUCAACUAGAUGGUGAAACAGAUUGGAAAUUAAGAAUAGCACCAGCAUUAUCACAGAAGUUAUCAGAAGAAGAAAUAAUUAAUACUUUAACAAUUGUUGCAUCUCCACCAAGAAAGGAAAUACAUUCGUUUUUGGGUAAAAUAUAUAAAAAUGAUUCUACUUCGAAUCCAUUAUCCAUUGAUAAUACUCUUUGGGCAAAUACUGUAUUGGCCUCUACUGGCUCUUGUAUUGGUUGUGUUAUCUAUACGGGUAAAGACACUAGACAAAGUAUGAAUACUACCUCUUCAAAAGUUAAAGUUGGUCUUUUAGAAAUCGAAAUUAAUAAUGUUUCUAAAAUUUUAUGUGCUUCAGUAUUUGUAUUGUCUGUAGUCUUGGUUGCAUUUGCUGGGUUCCAUAACUCAGAUUGGUAUAUUGAUAUUAUGCGAUACUUAAUUCUAUUUUCCACUAUUAUUCCAGUUUCUUUGAGAGUCAACUUGGAUUUAGCUAAAUCAGUUUACUCUUAUCAAAUUCAAAAUGAUGCACUAAUACCUGAAACUAUUGUUAGAACUAGUACUAUUCCAGAAGAUUUAGGCCGUAUUGAAUAUUUAUUAAGUGAUAAGACUGGUACCUUAACUCAAAAUGAUAUGGAAUUGAAAAAAAUACAUUUAGGUACAGUAUCAUAUACAUCUGAAACAUUUGAUCUAGUAGCACAAUACAUUUCCCUCUUGGGUAGCAAUGCAAGUACAACACAGCCAUCCACUUCAAGGAGAGAUUUUUCUACACGUGUAUGUGACUUAAUUGUCACUUUAGCCCUAUGCCAUAACGUCACUCCAGUUUUUGAAGACGAAGAAUUAACAUAUCAAGCAGCCUCACCAGACGAAGUUGCCAUUGUCAAAUUCACCGAACAAGUUGGUUUAUCACUGUUUAAAAGAGACCGUAAGAGUAUUACUUUACUACAUGAAAGUACAGGUGAAACUUUUGAUUGUGAAAUUUUGAAUAUGUUUCCCUUUAAUUCAGAUACAAAAAGAAUGGGGAUUAUAGUCCACUUUAAACAAAAGGAAGAAUAUUGGUUUUUACAAAAAGGUGCAGAUACUGUGAUGGCUAAAAUUGUAGAAAAUAAUGAAUGGCUGGAAGAAGAGACUGAUAAUAUGGCUCGUGAAGGUUUACGUACUUUAGUAAUUGGUAGAAGAAAAAUGUCAAAGAAGGAAUAUGAUAACUUUUCUAGUGAUUACCAUACAGCAUCACUUUCAAUGACCAAUAGAGAUGACCAAAUGGCAGAAGUAAUUAACAAGCAUUUAGAACAUGAUUUAGAAUUAUUGGGUUUAACAGGCGUGGAAGAUAAAUUACAAAAAGAUGUAAAGAGCUCUAUUGAACUUUUAAGAAAUGCAGGUAUCAAGAUUUGGAUGUUAACUGGUGAUAAAGUAGAAACUGCACGUUGUGUAUCACUAAAUGCAAAGCUAAUCUCUAGAGGUCAAAAUGUAAUUACCAUUACCAAGCUAAAUAGACCAGAAGGUGCAUUAAGUCAUCUAGAUUAUAUUAAGACAAAUCAAAAUUCAUGUUUAUUAAUUGAUGGUGAAUCAUUGGCAAUGUUUUUAACUCAUUAUAGAUCUGAAUUUUUUGAAGCAGUUGUUAGAUUACCUGCUGUGAUUGCAUGUAGAUGUACUCCACAGCAAAAAGCUGACGUAGCUUUAUUAAUUAGGGAAAUCACCGGGAAAAGAGUAUGCUGUAUUGGUGAUGGUGGUAACGAUGUUAGCAUGAUUCAAUGUGCAGACGUUGGUGUAGGUAUUGUUGGGAAAGAAGGUAAACAGGCAUCUUUGGCUGCAGAUUUUUCAGUAACUCAAUUUUGCCACAUUACUAAGUUAUUUUUAUGGCAUGGAAGAAACUCAUAUAAAAGAUCUGCUAAACUGGCUCAAUUUGUUAUGCAUAGAGGUCUUGUUAUUGCAGUAUGUCAAACUGUUUAUUCUAUAUGUUCCAAAUUCGAACCAUUAGCUCUUUAUCAAGGUUGGUUAAUGGUUGGAUAUGCUACUUGUUAUACAAUGUUUCCAGUGUUUUCAUUAACUCUGGAUCAUGAUAUUCCAGAAUCAUUAUCCAAGAUUUAUCCAGAACUUUAUAGAGAUUUGAGAGAAUCUAAAAGUUUAUCUUAUAGGACUUUUUUCGUUUGGUGCGCCUUAUCGUGUUAUCAAGGAUGUGUAAUUCAAAAUUUAUCACAGAUUUUUACAAGUGUUAAUGAAAUUGAUUUUACUAAAAUGGUAGCCAUAAGUUUUACUGCAUUGAUCUUGAACGAGUUAAUUAUGGUUGCAUUAGAGAUAUAUUCCUGGAAUCCAAUUAUGAUAUGGAGUCAAGCUGCAACGUUAAUAUUCUUCAUGGGAUCUAUUCCGUUUUUGAGUGAUUAUUAUAAUUUAAAGUAUAUGUGUCACGUAUUAUACUUUGGUGAAUUAUUUUGUAUCAUAUCAAUAUCAAUAUUACCAGUUUGGGCUUCCAAAUUUCUAUAUAGAAAAAUGCAUCCACCAAGUCAUACGAAAGUGCAAGCUUUUGUAACAGUUUGA